AUGUCCGACUACCUAGAAAUUCCAAAGUUGACAGAAGUAAGCAGUACAGAAGAAGGAUUCUUGGGUUCGUAUUUCGAAGCUAGAAUAAUUAAGCAAACGGAAAAAGACGAGUUCUUAGUUGAAUACACAAAACUAUACGAAGAAGGUGAUGAGAAGUGCUUGCUGAGAGAAAUUGUUCCUCGCAGUGAAAUCAGACACAUGCCUCCUAAAUUUAAAGCAUCAUAUUUCAAUAUCAGUGAUCCAGUUGAUGUUUUCUGCAAGGAUGGUUGGUGGUAUGGGAUAAUUACGGGUAGAGAUCCUAUUCGAAGCAAGCUUACGGGUGAAGAUCGUUCAAUAUAUUCAGUAUACUUUCCUUUGUCGGGUGAAGAAAUCGAAUACCGCAAGUGGGAAUUGAGGGCUCAUCUAGAACGGAUUAAUGGAAAUUGGAUUGCUUCUCGUGUUCGCAGAAAUAGUAAUGGAUGUGGAUCAGGAGGAUUUGUCAAGAAAAUUUCUUCCGGUGGUGCUUUAGUUCAAAGUUCUUAUUAG